CAACGCCUUGCCAACCAAGCGAAUGGAGCUCUAGACAUCGCAUCGCCGCAUCCGGCUGCGCCGCGAUGGACGCAUCGAACGGAGCCCCCGAGCGGGCGCCCAAGUCGGUGCCCUCUGUGCGCUCGGUCGUCUUUGAGUCGCGCUUCCGGCGAUCCAUUCGGCUGGAAGCCACGCGGCGUGCCUUGCAGGGACAAUGGAUCAGGCAGGCGGCGGUUUGGUUGUGCUCCUUUUCAGAGAUCCUGGCAGUUGCUUCUGUGCCGGGAGUGCAUUUGAUCACCAAUCCAUGGUUCACGAUGGCAGCUCUCUUCCUGAUGUUUUUACUCGCUUGCUGGAGAGCUGGGAGUGUAUUGGAUGUCUUUUUCCAGCCAGCCCACUUGCUGCGCCCCAAGAAUUACUCCAGGUUUGGAUUGGGGGAGAGCCAGUCCUCCUGUCGUACCUUCUACUCCCUCUCGAUGCUGCUUCGCGUCACUUGUGCAGCGGUGCUGGCCAGCCGUUUCCUCACGUACGUCUAUGGUCAAAGCGACUGGCAUCUUUGCUCGGCCUUCUGGUAUCCCUGGGCAGAGUAUAAAUCGAGUGAGCUGGAAAAGGAUCUGGUACUUUGCAGAGCAUUUCCGGACUUUAGCAGCUGGUGCCCUACCAUCCUGGGUUUUGGGCAGCGCUGUCACGAUCCGGUACGUUGGUCUACACAGCUGCGGAGCUAUGCUUUCAACGAACUGGGCCUGGAGUGCAACAGCAGCCAGACAGCUGAUCUAGCAGCCCUGGCAUCAGUCAGUGAGGACCUGUAUGGCUUUCAUUGUGAGAGUCUCAAUGGGAGUGAAGUGGAGUGUUACCCUUACCCAUUGCCAGACUUCACAUUGCUACAAGAGGAUCUCAUCAUCUAUACCGAUCCUGUGGAGACUUCGCUUGAAGUCUGCAAGUCCUGGCCCCCAGUGAAUGUUUUCUACGAGUGCCAGAUGUUUUGGGACGAGGUCAGCGAGUGCUCGAGGAUCUCCCAAACACCGUUGCGCACUGCUUUGGAGUCGGUGGUCUCAAAGUUCUGUGAGCUACAACGCUGCAAGUCCACUUUGCCUCAAUGGCUUAAAGCUCCGUUAAACGAGGAGGAACUCUUCUUUUUUUGCCAAUGCCAGCACUGCACGCCUUGGCACAGGUCGAACGAGUGCAUCGUGGAGGUCCUGGAUCAAGCGAUGCGGCGGGCCGCUGGCUUUCAAUUUCUGGCGGAGAUUGAGGUUCCAGUGACAAGACCCUUGACAAAGCAGGCGCAUGCCUUUUUCAGCGACCCGUUGUUCACCCUCCACUUCAUCUUGGUGGCGACCUGUGUUGGUGGUCCGGUGCUGUGGCUCUUCGCCAGCCUCCUCUUCUGUUGCUGUGUGGGGAAUCCUUGGGCUGUGCCCGUGGAUGUGAAACUUCAGGAACUGGUGCAGAUGGAAGAAACAGCACUGCAAGCGGAGCUCGCAUCCCAGGGGACCACAGAAGGCUACUUGAAUCGUUUGUGGAUCCUCAUGGCCGUUGGCUUCUGCGUGGCAGACUUUGUGACUGACAUUCGAAUGGUGGUUCUCUACCUUCAGACCUAUCACUACAGCUUCGCACUGAUUCAAGGUCUUUUUGUGGUGCGAUCUCUGUUGGAACAGCUGCUUCGCCGUGGGUUGUUGUACUUCUUCCAGGAGUUCCGAGUCUCGAUGAAGGCGAAUUUGUGGACGGACAACCUUUUGGCUGUGGUGCAGAGCGAGAAGACUGGAGAAGCCACUCUGGCGUUCAUCUUGCAGAUCUACUCGCUCUUCUACAUGGGUGAAGAACUUUUGGGCUAUUGGACGGCCUUGAUUUCUUUAUUGAUCGGCGCACGAGGUCUCACCCAAGGUUGCUACAUCCACUUCGAUUUGGCCUUCAUCGCCUCCGAAAAUCUGCCGCCCAUCUACGAGGACGACUUGCCAGAGGCCCCCGAGCCGAGCUCCGUGGUGCCGGCGCCCGUCCGAAGCGUUCCGACGGUGCCCACCCUGGAGAUGCCGCCACCGCUGCUGGUGGAGUCUCUGCCCAAGCUGGACGGGGAGCCGAAGGAUCUGCCGGAGGCGCCGCCUCCGCCAGCGGACUUGCAGGGUGAGAUGCCGGAUCUCGACGAGGGGAUCGGGGAGAACUUGAGGCCUACAGCCGUUCAUCCAAAUGUAGAGGUGCCCGGGCCUACAGGGCCCAUGGUUCUUGGCAAGGGCCAGAACGUCAUCCUGGCGCUCUAAACCAGUCUGUGAAGCAGCUGGUUUUGGGGUGUAGUUUGUGUUUGUGAUUUCAAGCUUUCAUGCUUCGUUGGAAUUUUCAAGUGUUCGGUUGUUGAGAACCUAAUGCUUGUCUGGCUACAGUCUCCCACACUCAAUGGGCCCCAUGCAGGAAGCC